AUGAGUCACCCGAAUCACAGUCAUGAUCAUGGAUGUUGUUCUCAUCAAGCUGGAGGUAUACCCGAUGACGAGCAUCUUAAACCAGGAGAAGGUACACAAGACUUUCUUUACUCAAAGAUUGAUCGUGAUCAAAUCACAAGUUGUAAUCUCGAUCCAGAAAACCCAGCCAAGAAUUGUAUAAAACCAUGGUCAGAUCGAAUGGAUGAUACGAUGUUUUCCGAAUCGGAUACCGAUCAACAAAUGAUUAUUAGGAUUCCUUUUACUGGUUCUGUUAAAUUAAGAUCUAUCUUAAUUCGAGGGAUUCCAGGCAAUUUUGCUCCUACUCAAGUCAAACUAUUUGCAAAUGAACCUGGUCUAGACUUUGAUACCCUAGAAACAUGUACACCUACCCAAGUGCUUGAGAUUCCUACAACAGAUGAACUAGUAGAGUUCCCAGUACGCGUCGCUAAAUUUUCAUCAGUGAGCAUUUUAAGUUUGUUCAUCGAUGGUGAUUCAUCAGGUUCCAAAACACGAGUUUAUUUCCUUGGGUUCAAAGGAGAAUUUAGCGCACUGUCUCGCAAACCAGUCAUAGCCAUUUAUGAAGCUCAAGCUAAUCCCACUGAUCAUGAGAAGAUUAGUGGAAUGGAUACCCAAAUGGGUCGAAUGAUAUGA